AAUGACAGGGCACAAUAGAUGGCUUUGUACCUUCCUGUCAAGAGGAUGAAGCGUUAUUACUAUGAUUCAGUUAUUGGUAUGCCACCCAGGCAUUGCUUCUCUGCCAUUAUAACAGAUUCUAGUUCUAUAGUUUAUCAGUUGAGUUUCCGUUACAAGAAAAAGUGGCUGCUGUUUAACAUAGGCAAAGUGAUUAAUAAAGAUUUGCGACAUUACCUGAGCCUUCAGUUUCAAAAAGGAUCAAUUGACCACAAACUGCAGCAAGUGAUCAGAGAUAAUCUCUACCUGAGAACCAUUCCAUGCACUACAAGGGCCCCCAGGGAAGGGGAAGUUCCAGGGGUGGACUAUAAUUUCAUUUCUGUUGAACAGUUCAAAGCACUGGAGGAGAGUGGAGCACUGUUAGAAAGUGGAACGUACGAUGGAAACUUCUAUGGAACUCCCAAGCCUCCAGCAGAACCCAGCCCUUUCCAGCCAGAUCCGGUUGAUCAGGUCCUCUUUGAUAAUGAGUUUGACACAGAAUCCCAAAGAAAACGAACCACAUCUGUCAGCAAGAUGGAAAGGAUGGACAGCUCUCUUCCAGAGGAGGAAGAAGAUGAGGACAAGGAGGCUGUAAAUGGCAGUGGAAACACAGAAAACAGAGAGAGGCAUUCCGAGUCCUCUGAGUGGAUGAAGACUGUUCCAAGUUAUAACCAAACAAAUAGCUCCAUGGACUUUAGAAAUUAUAUGAUGAGAGAUGAGAAUUUGGAACCACUGCCCAAAAACUGGGAAAUGGCCUACACGGACACAGGAAUGAUCUACUUCAUUGACCACAAUACCAAGACAACCACCUGGUUGGAUCCUCGUCUCUGUAAGAGAGCCAAAGCCCCAGAAGACUGUGAAGAUGGAGAGCUUCCAUAUGGCUGGGAGAAAAUAGAGGACCCUCAGUAUGGCACAUACUAUGUUGAUCACCUUAACCAGAAAACCCAGUUUGAAAAUCCAGUGGAGGAGGCCAAAAGGAAAAAGCAGUUAGGACAGGCUGAAAUUGGGUCUUCAAAACCAGAUGUGGAAAAAUUACACUUUACUCGAGAUCCAUCCCAACUUAAAGGUGUCCUUGUUCGAGCCUCACUGAAAAAAAGCACAAUGGGAUUUGGUUUUACCAUUAUUGGUGGAGAUCGGCCUGAUGAGUUCCUACAGGUGAAAAAUGUGCUGAAGGAUGGCCCAGCAGCUCAGGAUGGGAAAAUUGCACCAGGUGAUGUUAUUGUAGACAUCAAUGGCAACUGUGUCCUUGGUCACACCCAUGCAGAUGUUGUCCAGAUGUUUCAGUUGGUACCUGUCAACCAGUAUGUAAACCUCACUUUAUGUCGUGGCUAUCCACUUCCUGAUGACAGUGAAGAUCCUGUUGUGGACAUUGUUGCUGCUACCCCUGUCAUCAAUGGACAGUCCUUAACUAAGGGAGAGACUUGCAUGACUACUCAGGAUUGUAAGUCAGGAGCACUGGUUCUGGACCAGAAUGGAAAAUCAGGACACACUUUGAUCGGUGAUCACCUCAAUGGUCCAUCUGAUCCAAGUGAGCAGAGAGCGUCCAUGGCAUCAUCAGGCAACUCCCAGCCGGAACUAGUGACUAUCCCUUUGAUUAAGGGCCCCAAAGGCUUUGGCUUUGCAAUUGCUGAUAGCCCUACUGGACAAAAGGUGAAAAUGAUAUUGGACAGCCAGUGGUGCCAAGGCCUUCAGAAAGGGGAUAUAAUUAAGGAAGUUUACCAUCAAAACGUGCAGAAUUUAACGCAUCUCCAAGUGGUGGAAGUGCUGAAGCAGUUUCCAGUAGGUGCGGAUGUACCAUUGCUCAUCUUAAGAGGAGGUCCUCCUUCACCAACUAAAACUGCCAAAAUGAAAGCAGACAAAAAGGAGAAUUCAGGAAGUUUGGAGACCAUAAAUGAGCCCAUUCCCCAGCCUAUGCCUUUUCCACCCAGCAUUACCAGGUCAGGAUCUCCGAAAUUGGAUCCUUCUGAGGUCUACCUGAAAUCUAAGACUUUAUAUGAAGAUAAACCACCAAACACCAAAGACUUGGAUGUAUUUCUUCGGAAACAAGAAUCAGGAUUUGGCUUCCGGGUGCUAGGAGGAGAUGGACCUGACCAGUCUAUCUACAUCGGGGCCAUUAUUCCCCUGGGAGCCGCUGAGAAGGACGGUCGGCUCCGCGCAGCGGAUGAACUCAUGUGCAUCGAUGGAAUUCCUGUUAAAGGGAAAUCCCACAAACAAGUCCUGGACCUAAUGACCACUGCUGCUCGAAAUGGCCACGUGUUAUUGACAGUUAGAAGGAAGAUCUUCUAUGGAGAAAAGCAUCCUGAGGAUGACAGCUCUCAAGCCUUCAUUUCGACUCAGAAUGGAUCUCCCCGCCUGCACCGAGUAGAGGUACCUGCCAGGCCUGCUCCCCAGGAGGCCUAUGAUGUUGUCUUGCAACGAAAAGAAAAUGAAGGAUUUGGUUUUGUCAUCCUCACCUCCAAAAGCAAACCACCCCCAGGAGUUAUUCCUCAUAAAAUUGGCCGAGUCAUAGAAGGAAGUCCUGCUGAUCGAUGUGGAAAACUGAAAGUUGGGGAUCACAUCUCAGCGGUGAAUGGACAGUCCAUUGUCGAACUGUCCCACGACAGCAUCGUUCAGCUGAUCAAAGAUGCUGGCGUCACUGUCACACUGACAGUUGUUGCCGAAGAAGAGCACCACGGUCCACCAUCUGGAACAAACUCUGCCAGGCAAAGCCCAGCACUGCAGCACAGACCCAUGGGACAGACACCAGCCAACCAUGUACCUGGGGACAGAAUUGCCCUGGAAGGUGAAAUGGGGAAGGACCCCUCCGGCUCUUACAGACACUCGUGGUCCGACCACAAGCACCUGGCACAGCCAGACACUGCCGUGAUUUCGGUGGUCGGCAGCCGGUACAGCCAGAGCCUGGGCUGCUACCCGGUGGAGCUGGAGCGCAGCCCUCGGGGCUUCGGGUUCAGCCUGCGAGGCGGGAAGGAAUACAACAUGGGGCUGUUCAUCCUCCGCCUUGCCGAGGACGGCCCAGCCAUCAAAGACGGCAGGAUUCACGUUGGUGACCAGAUUGUUGAAAUCAAUGGGGAACCUACACAAGGCAUCACACAUACUCGAGCAAUUGAGCUCAUUCAGGCCGGUGGGAAUAAAGUUCUUCUUCUUCUGAGGCCAGGAACUGGCUUGAUACCUGACCAUGGUGAUUGGGAUAUUAAUAAUCCUUCACCUUCUGAUGUGAUUUAUGAUGAGCAGUCACCACUUUCCCCGUCUUCAUAUUCUGCUUCCAUAUUUGAAGAGUCUCGUGUGCCAGUAACUGAAGAUUCUCUAAUGAGAGUUCAGAUAUGUGAAAAGGCAGAAGAAUUAAAGGACACUGUACCUGAAAAGAAAAGCACUUUAAAUGAAAAUCAGCCUGAGAUAAAGCAUCAGUCUCUUCUCCAGAAAAAUGUGAAUAAGAAAGAUCCACCCAACAGUCAUGGGCACAGUGACAAGAAAAAUCUAAGAGUAGAAAAUGGUGUUACACAGAGAUCGGCUAGUCCCCAAAAGCCAGCUCACCACUACUCAGAGGAACAUCUGGAAAACACUCCCAGUCCUCUAAAAAACGACCCCAAAAGAAGACCCAGAGAUAGAUCUCUCAGCCCUAGGAAAAGGUGUCAGAUUGACACCAGGGCAGGCUCUGGCCAAGAUCAGUAUAGAAAAGGCAGAGGACGCUCUUCUAGCCCAAAGAGGAAGCAAAAAAUCGAAGGAAGCAAAGAAGACUUGUCAAAUGCUGAAGCCAAAUUACUUGAGGGUGAGAGUCUCAGAGUAGCAGGCCCUGCUAGUGACAAUGCCGAACAGCUCCCGGACGGGAAAGAAAGACCAGGUGUGAUCAGCAAAAAUCUGAAGCAGCGUCAGUUAGGAAAAGAUAGAGCAAGGUCUCCAGAGAAAAAAAGCAAGAGAAUGGAUGAAAAAGCUGUUGCCUCCAAGAAGACCAGCAACACUGCUGGUAGAGUAGUGUCCGAAAGUGAAAAAGGAAAGAAAACCACCACAGGAGAAACACGUCCCAGUAAAGAUAAAAUAGUGAAUGUCCAAAUAUCAGAAAAGAAGCUGAAACAGGAACCUGAAGAGAGGAUGGAGUUAAAUAAAGUAGAAGAUCACAGAGGGAAAGAACUAGAGACAACUGACAAAUGUAGAGAGAGGGGAAGGUUCAAACCUGAGAGUAGCUCUCCAGUUAAAAAAGCACCAAUAAUUCCAGGGCCCUGGAAGGUGCCGAGUGCAAAUAAAGUCACAGGCACGACUGGCAUGGCUGAGAAACGGUUGUGACCUUUAGCAUAAAACAAAAACAAGUUGUAAUCUUUUACUAAAAGCAGCAUUUUCCCAGAAAAUCUUUUUUUUUUUCAGAAAUUCUGAAACACCUAAGAACCUUUUAAUUUGCACAACAAGUUUCUAGGCUGCAUGAAGGGCCAGCCUUUAGGACUGCUGAGAACCAACCACCCCUGGCUGGCCGCCUUCCUUCCACUCAGGAAGGAGCUGUGUCCCCACAUGCUCCUGCCUGCUCGUCUCCGUGGCUGUCUGACAAGUGACACGUUGAUGCUAACUGUGGUCCAGACUCACUUCGUAUUUGUGCCGUUAUCUGCUGUCUAAUGUCUGUUUUCCUUCUCAUUCAGAUAUUUCCACAGUAAUGAAACAGGUUUGGCUUGGAAGUUGGUGU